AUGGCUGUACUGAUAGGAGUACGAUGUUUAACCUUUGUACAAGAUCAAAUGAAAAUGCAAAUUGAUGAAGUUCAUCUGUUCACAGAUUCUCAGUGUGCAUUAAAAUGGAUUAUGUCAACAAAACAGCUUCCAGGGUUUGUUAAAAAUAGGGUCAAAGAAAUAAAGGAACACAAGAAUAUCAUCUUCCAUUUUGUGAAAUCUAAUGACAAUCCUGCUGAUAUAGCCAGUCGAGGUUGUUCAACAGAAGAUCUUGUGAAAAGUUAUUCAUGGUGGCAUGGUCCCGAGUGGCUUUUGCAUGACAUUUCCAAAUGGCCAGUAUUAGACCAGUUGUCUAAUACUGAAGAUGAUGAGACUAACAAACCAAAGACCAUCGAAAACGAUGAGAAAGAAAACAACAUCAGUGAAAAUUUGAGUUUUUCAGCGUUUGGAGCAAUUAACGACUAUUUUCCAACAUCUGUCCCAUUUGGGAUAAAUCCAAUGAAAUAUUCUUCAGUGACGAAAUUGUUAAGUGUCACAGCAUAUGUGAGAAGAUUCAUAGGUAAAAUGAAAAAAGAAAAAUACAGUUCACGAAGUCUCACUUCAAAAGAAAUUCAAGAAGCUGAAGAUAUGUGGAUUAAACAUGUGCAACAUACGAAUUUUUCUGAAGUGUAUGAAUCCCUCAUCGGAAAGAAAAAAUGCAAUCUGCAAUUGCAACUUGGUGUGUUCAUCGAUAAGAAUGGUCUUUUAAGAUGUAAAGGCCGUUUAGAGAAUGCCAGUUUAACGGAGUCUGCAAGAAAUCCGUUACUACUACCACGCGAUGACUCUUUCACAGUGUUAAUCGUAGAAAGAGAACAUAAACGUUUGUUUCAUUCAGGUGUCUCUCAAACUCUAAGUCAACUUAGACAUCGUUAUUGGAUCCCUAGUUGA